GAAGCCUCAAAGUGCCCGGGCGGCGGGGCGAGCCGCAGAGAGCCGCUCGGCCGGGCCCCCGCGUUGUCACCAUGUCCCUGGCGGCCUCGGCGGGCCGGGGCCCGGGGGCCUUGUGGUCCCCGACCCACGUGCAGGUCACGGUGCUACAGGCACGAGGUCUGCGGGCCAAGGGCCCCGGGGGCACUAGCGACGCGUACGCGGUGAUCCAGGUGGGCAAGGAGAAGUACGCCACGUCGGUGUCCGAGCGCAGCCUGGGCGCGCCCGUGUGGCGCGAGGAGGCCACCUUCGAGCUGCCGCCGCUGCUGGCUUCCGGAGCGGCGCCCGCGGCCGCCGCCACCCUGCAGCUCACCGUGCUGCACCGCGCGCUGCUCGGCCUCGACAAGUUCCUGGGCCGCGCCGAGGUGGACCUGCGGGAGCUGCACCGGGACCAGGGCCGCCGCAAGACGCAGUGGUACCGUUUGAGAUCCAAGCCUGGCAAGCAGGACAAGGAGCGAGGGGAGAUCGAGGUGGACAUCCAGUUCAUGAGGAACAGCAUGACGGCCAGCAUGUUCGACCUGUCCGUGAAGGACAAGUCUCGGAACCCAUUCGGGAAGCUCAAGGACAAGAUCAAAGGCAAGAGCAAGGACAGCGCCUCCGACACCGCCUCGGCCAUCGUCCCCAGCACGAUGGCCUCCGCGGACAGCGACGACGAGGCUCCUUCCAAAGACAAGAAGAAGAAGUCCAAGAUCAAGACCUUGUUUUCCAAGUCGAACCUGCAGAAGACACCGCUCUCCCAGUCCAUGUCUGUCCUGCCGACCUCGAAGCCGGACAAGGUGCUGCUGCGCCCCGGGGACUUGCAGUCCCGCUGGGGCGAUGAGGAUGAGGACGAGCCCUCCUCUGCCGCCGACGUCACGUCUCACAAGAGAACAGCCAGUGCAGAUCCGAAACAGCUGAGCCAGAUCAACUUCAGCCUCCCCUUCCUCGGCGGCCUUCGGUCUAAAAAUGAUGUCUUGUCUCGCUCGAACGUCUGUAUCAACGGGAGCCACGUGUACCUGGAGCAGCCGGAAGCCAGGAGCGAGACCAAGGACAGCAGCGCCUCAUCCUCGCCAUCCCCCCAGGGCUUCCGGAAGAAGCGUCUGUUCUCAUCCACCGAAAACCUGGCCUCCAGGCCGUGGAAGGAGCCUGGCGAUGGAGGCGGGGCGGCUGCCGACCGGUGGUUCUCUGAGUCCCCCGCCCCGGACGCUGGGAAGGCCAUGACCCUGCCGUCCUACCGACCGCAAGUCACUGGGGAUGCCCAGGAAGACAGGGCUCUGGCCAGCAUGGAGGCUGCAAGAGAAACCCAGGAGGGCAAGAAACAGGAGAGCAAGAAGGCCUCUUUGCUGUCUCUGGUGACGGGAAAGAAGGACGCAGCGAAGGGCGGCGAGGGCGAAAGCAAGGAGAAGGAGGGCAAGCUGGGGCCCACGGGGGAUGCUGCGGCUGCUGCCUCCGCUCAGGGCCACGCCCUGAACCCCUUUGAAGAUGUGCAGAUUACAGAAGCCGAAGCCGACCCAGAGUCCCAGGCUGGACCAAAGCCGCCCGUUCCCACGCCGAGGGCGCUGCAGACCAAGGCCGUCAAGCCCCGAGUGGACGUGUCUCCAGAGGCGCCACCCAAAGCCAGGCCUCCUUCUCCCCCCAGCUCGCCCCUAGCCUCUCCCCGGGCCCCUCCCGAAGCAGAGCCCUCCUCCAUCUCUUCCUCCUCCUCCUUGUGGUCUCCCAUAGCCGCUCCCAUUUCCACAUCCACCCCGAUCCAGAGCUGGCCUUCUCCCGGCGAGGGCGAGCCUCCUGGGCCCCUUAGAACAGCCUCGGCAAAGGAGAGUUCGACGCGCGCUCCGGACACCCUGGCUGCCGCCGGGAGCGCCCUGCACGAGGCGCGGCAGCAGGGGGAGCUUGUGCGGUUCCCGUCCGAGGAGGCCGACGAGGCCCCAUGUGCUCAUGUCCCUGCCCAGGAGCCUCCCGUGGGGUGGGACCCGGGCCUGGGGAGUCGGUCUGCACUGCGUGCGGGGAACCGGCUCCGCGAUGGCGGAGGAGCGGGAGCGCCGGGGUCCGCAUUGGCCCCCGCGAGGGAUAUGGAGAAACGUGGCACAGAUGUGGCCCCCGCCGUCCCUGCCGGCCGCGGGAGGACAGAGAAGCGUGUGUCAUUCUCCGAGCAGCUGUGUAUGGAGGACGAGGAGGAGGAGGAGGAGGCGGGAGGGGAUGUGCAUCCUGCCAGGGACCUGGCUGAUGGCGGGGCACAGCCCUCUAGGGUCCCCGGCCUGGAGCGCGGGGCUGCGGGGUCUGCUGCCGCAGCCGGGCCGGAGCCCCUCGCUCUCUCCUCCCGCCGCGCACCGAGCGUCCCGGAGAGGGACAGCCAGGGGUUCCCAGCCGACUCCCCGAGCGACCUCGCACCUGUCCUGGCCGAGCUGAACCUGAGUUUGCCUUCCAUUCCCGAAGUCGCAUCGGACGACGAGAGGGUAGAUCAGGUGGACGAGCAGGUGGCUGUGGACGCGGGCGCUUCUUCCCAGGGCACCAUCCCCAGAACGGAUGCGCCCCAGGCCCCCGACCCCGCGGCCUCCGGAAUGCAGGAGCCCGCCCUCGGCCCGAGCUCGGGCGUGGAUCUAAAGGCUCCGCGCCCUGUGCAUGGUGAGGAGGAGCAGAGGCCUCCCAGCCCCGGCCCGGCCUCGCCUGUGCCUGGCCCCUGCCUUGCUGAGCCCUUGUCCACUGCACGCUGCGUCCCCAGCCCUCCGCCCCCCGACACACACCGCGCCAGUACGGCAGAAGCUCCAAAAAGAGCGGCAGCAGAGGGCUCCGUGGGUAAAGUGGAUUGCGGCAAGAGGAAGCCGCCCCUCCAGGCCUGGGUGUCGCCCUCGGAGACACAGCCACUCCCAGCUCAGCCAGGCGCGGCCCGCGGGGCAGCCAAGCACAGGCUGCAUCCUGUGAAGCCAAUGAACACGACGGCCCCCAAGAGUGCGCACGCGAGCUUGGGAACCGCCACCAUCAUCAGUGAGAACUUGAUCAACGAAGCCAUGAUGAAGAAAUACAGCCCCUCGGACCCCGCGUCUGCCUACGCGCAGCUGACCCACGAUGAGCUGAUCCAGCUGGUCCUCAAGCAGAAGGAAACCAUAAGCAAGAAGGAGUUCCAGGUGCGCGAGCUGGAGGACUACAUCGACAACCUGCUGGUCAGGGUCAUGGAGGAGACGCCCAACAUCCUCCGCAUCCCCGCGCAGGCUCAGGCGGGCCGGAGGGCGGGCAAGAUGUGACUGGAAGCUCCGCCCCGCCGACCUGAGGCUCCGCCUCCGUCCCCGCCCUGGCCGGCUCUGCCACCGGGAGCCGGGUUCCUUCUACUGUGCAUUCCUGGGGUUUUCGUCUUAAAUGCCACCGUGCCUUUAACUCGGCUGUAAAUAUUUUAUGCUCACCAGAGACACGGUCAGCAGAUCUGAUCUGAGCCAGAGAGGCGUUGCUUGUGGGGUUUUCUUUCUUUAAUAUGGAGAUUUUUCUUUCUUUUUCCCCCCUAAUCUGUAUCCUCCAGCCAUCGGAGUGAAAUCAGAGGGCCGCGCAGUUGGUGCUGUGUCCCCCGACGACCUUUCUUGAUGUUGGGGGUUUCGGCCGCAGAUGCAGAAAACCCUGAUCCCACAUCAGCCUUCCAAGCCACUCAGACUUGGGCCUUAUUUUAUUUAUUUAUUUUUUUAACUGGAGCAGGAGAGCUGAGGGACCCCUCUUCGCGUGUCUGUUAGCACAAGAGCCGCUCCCUUAAACCCCAAGUUCCCCUGCACUCCCACUCUGGUGGGAGAGAGGUCCUGGGACCCCUCUCUCUGCUGGAGCGGUGGAAACAGACCAGGGAUCUUCCCAGCAGCCAAGCGUGCGGCCCCAGUCCCCCUGCUCCCAAUAGCAGGGUCCCCGCUGGCCAGACCGGCCCAGACUGGCCCAUUCCGUGCCUGGGGCAGGGUGAGGCAGUGCCCGGCGCUUUCCAAAGCAGUACUCUGGGUGCGUAGACUCCUCUGGGAGGGGGGUUUCCCUUGGCCACUUCUGCCUGUGCACCUCCCCGCCAGCUCGCAGGGAAGCCCACACCACUUCCUGGAGGGCAGGGUGGGGUGGGGAGAGCAGCAAUUUGAGGCUUAGUGCUGUGUGCAUCAGUCGGCAAAAGCCAGUUGCAAACCAGAUGUGCCUCCGCCUUAACCUGCUUGAAGGCGCCUCGUUGAGAAGAGCAGGAAGAUGCUGUGUGGACUGGCACUGCUGUAUUUAAAAAGCCAGGGUAACACACUUUUUUAUAGGGUACUUGCUGCCUUAGCUCACAGCGCUGAUACAGAUUCCUCAGGAAAUUUCAGGAGAACGUGUGCUGUCACCCACUGGCUUUCCCGGUGGGGAUAGGCGCUCCAUCAGCUCUUGCUGUCUGUCUCCGGGGGUGUGGAAGGAUUCCACAGGGCCAUGGGCACGGGCGGGGCGGGGCUGGUUGAAUCAGAAUCUCUCCCUUGCACUCUUGUCGGAUUUCGGUUAGGAGGCAGGCUGGUCGGUGGCAGAAACUGCAUUUCAGGAUUUCAGAGCACUUUAGUCUGCAGGAUGAAACCAUAACUUGAUUUGUCUAAUUCACUUUUAAUGAUCAGCAGCAAUGUCAUUUUAUUUAAUUGAAUUCUCUCCCGCAGUACUGGGGGCUGCUGUCAGCUUCUCAGAUGCCUUGUACUUUUAUCGUGCUAUGAAACUUAUCUACAUGUCCAUUAAAAAAAAAAAAAAACCUGUAUAGUCACUCGAACUCUGAAAAUGUAUGUUAUCUAUUUGUUCCAUGUUAUGUUUUUACUUGAUGUUAAAUGUAUUUGUACUGUGAUAACCCAAGUGUGCUGGAGGCCGGGUAGGGGCAGGUGCACUUAGACUGGCGUCCCUCCCCCUUGAAGGGCGGGCACGGGCACCUGUGUGGUCCUGGAGGGGUGGUUUGUCCAGAAUCUUCUACUGCUGGCCAGGGAGGUGACUUCCCCAUGCCUGAAAUGCCACUUGGGAACUCUGGAGAAUUAAGCCAACUGACUUGAAGGGCGUGUGGCGGCGGCUGCUUGGCGGAACUAAAGCCGGCUCGCCAAGUACCUGACCUGGAGGUUGUCCGGCUGACGAUAACAAGUCCUUGAGCGCUCAGGAGGGGCGGGGUCGCCCAGGAAAGGCUUUGAGGAGGAGAGAGCCAGUGUGCCCUCAGCUGGGCCGAGCACCUGCAUGCCCCCCGCGUGAUGUGCGCGAGAGGUCCAGGGAAUGAGGCUCUGUGAGGUGCAGCCUGGCCUGCGUGGGAGCCUGCCGGGGCAGGGGCGGGGGGACGGGACCGAGAGACACCUGCGCUCCGUGUUGAAGGCGAGAGGCACCUGAACUGGACACGCGGGAUCUCCCCCUCCUGGGUUCCCCGGGUCAGCCCUUUUGUUUUCUUUUAAGAAUUACUGAUGAAUGAUCCCUUAGGGCUGGGGUGGGGGGCCUGGCCUCCAGGAGCUCGGGAGUUGAGUCCCAACCCCCUCCUAGCUGAGGGCCCUACCCAGUGCGGGUAUCCAAGGGUGGGGAGUUAUUAUUUCCUGCCUUGUUACUUUGGGGAUUUUGGAUCUCUGAUUUUUACAUGUAAGAAGUUACCUAAAUUUUCCUACAACACUAAAUAAACAGUGCUAACUUUCAAAUA